GAUUUAGUCGAAGGUUUUGGGAAAUCAAAAAAAAAUAUGAAGGCAUAUAUUCUUUUGACCCCUGAUUCAAAAAGAGCAUUAGAAGUUCUCACAAGACUCAGAUCUGCUGUUGGAGUUAGCCCAACAAACAAAUAUAUGUUUGCUAGACUGAAUUCCAAUACACCAUUAUCUGGGACAACAGCAAUGAAGGAGUUGUUGGGAAAAUGUGAAGGUUUAAAAAAUCCAGAAAAUAUUACAUCAACAUCAUUGAGAAAAUACAUUGCAACUGUAUCCCAAAUAUUGGAUAUGACACAGGGAGAACUAAAACUACUCGCUAAACAUCUUGGACAUGAUGUAAAAACAAACAAGGAAUACUAUCAGUUGUCAUCAUCAGUGCUUGAGCUAUCCAAGGUUGCUAGGAUGCUUUAUGCUGUGGAGAAUGGUCAAGUCAAUGAAUGGGCAGGAAAGAAAAUGAAAGACAUACAGCUGGAAGAACUUCCUGAACCUUUACCAAAGGAAGGUGAUCUGGAUUAUGAAUUGGCGGGGAAGGAGUAUCAAUCUAGUUCCACAGUAGCUCAGGCAUCUAGUUCCACAGAAGCUCAGGCAUCUAGUUCCACAGUAGAUCAGGCAUCUAGUUCCAAAGCAGAUCAGACAUCUAGUUCCACAGUAGAUCAGGCAUCUAGUUCCACAGUAGAUCUGGCAUCUAGUUCCACAGCAGAUAAACCAUCUUGUUCAGAUCAUGAACAGUCCUCAAAUUCAGAUAGUGAACAGCCACAGUAUAUUAGAUCAAAAGGUUGUAAAAGAAGAUGGACAGAUGAAGAGGAAGAAGAACUGAUGGAAGCAUUUGGGAUACAGAUUAAGAAAAAAAUGAAUGUGUCCACCAAAGCAAUCCGAUAUGCACAGUCAAAAUAUAAAACAUUACAUAGCCAGUCAGAAGCGGUAAUAAGAUCCAAAAUGAACAACAUCAUUUUAGGAAAAGUCCAAAAAAAGAGAUAGACUACAAAUGAAGUCUUUUGCAGGAUUCAUUAUGUUUUAGAAUUAUUUAGUGAAGUUACAUUUCCUGAUCAACAUUUGUCCAUUGUCUUCUGUUGAUUUUUAAUCCAUAUAAAGCACAGUCAGCAUCAGAUUUUCAUUUAACCACUUGAAUUUCUCAUGACCAAAUUAUUUCCAAUAUAAAACAUGUGCUACAAAUUUGUAAUGUCUUUAAAAGGAUUAACUAAGGGGGGAAACAGCUUGUAUUAUCUCUGGGCACAUGAGAUUAAAUUGUUUUUGUCUCUGUUUU